AUGAACGGAGUAUUUGCCAUAUAUAAACCCUCAGGGAAAUCAUCCACUCAAUUUAUCCUGGAUGUACAGGAUAUUUUCACCAAAUCAAAAGUUUUUGAAGAUGAUUUAUCAAAAGCUAAAAAUAAAAUGCGUUUUGAUUUAGGAACCAAUAAACGAAUGUCAAAAGAAAGAAUUGACAAGAAAGCCCGUAAUUUAAAGGUGAAAAUCGGUCAUGGUGGAACUUUAGAUCCAAUGGCAAGUGGUAUUCUUGUGGUUGGUGUUGGGUUAGGUACUAAGAAAUUACAGUAUUACUUGAGUGAAUGUGAAAAGACUUAUGAAACUAAAGCAUUACUUGGAAUCUCAACCACAACUGGGGAUGCCGAAGGUGAAAUAAUAACACAGAAUCCAAUCGAUCACAUAACCAAAGAAAUGGUUAAUGAAACUGCAAAAAAAUUCGUUGGUGAUUUAAAACAAACUCCACCAAUAUUUUCUGCCCUUAAAGUUGAUGGUAAACCAUUAUAUGAAUAUGCUAGAGAAGGGAUCCCAUUACCUAGAGCUAUUAAAGUAAGAGAUAUAAAAGUUUCUGAUAUAAAAGUCGAACAAGACGAUUUAUUAAGCACUGAUCAUGAAUUCACCAAGUUAGAAAGUCAGCUUGAUAAAAAUGGAUUACCAAAAGAGCAUGGUUUAGCUAAUAAUCCAACAUUAAACGAUUCACCAUUAUAUUUUUCAAAACAAUAUUUGGAAAAGGUAGAGAAGGAAAACUUAUCAAACGAAGAAAUUAAACCAAAAGUAUUCAAGGAAGGAGAAUCAUUACCAGUCAAACUUCCAUUACUUCAUUUCACUUCAGCUGUCUCAUCAGGAACAUAUAUCAGAAGUUUAAUAAGUGACUUUGGAAGAGCAUUAGGUUCAUCUGCCUAUAUGGUUGAGUUAAUUAGAGUUCAACAAUCUGAAUGGGAAUUAGGAAAGAAUGUGUUUUCAUUGGAAGAUUUCACAAACAAGGAUGAGCGUAUAUGGGGUCCAGUAUUGAAGAGAGUAUUAGAUGAUGGAGGAAAAGAAUCCAAUGUAGCAGAACUCUUUAAGGAAACUUCUGAACAAAUUCAGCCAUUAAUAGAAAAGGAAAAGGAAAUUUUAGCUAAAGUUUCUGAAGAUAACGUUUCUGACGAUAAAGUAGAGGAUGAUACAGAAACAUCUAAGAAAAGAACUAUAUCUGAAGUAGAGUAA